AUGGUGGCAUUCGCAUCUGCUGUUGAUUUUUAUUUGAAUCUUUCUCUUUUGGAGCCGCUAACAGGGUCUGAUCGACCAUCACCUUCCUACCUCUCGCGCCACCACUCCGAGUCCUUCGGUGGUCUUCUGAGUCACCUUGUUCACGCCUUUAACGGUGGCUUUGGUGACAACUUUGGUGAUCCAGGCAAUCUGAUACCCGGACACACCGUCCCGCCUCGGCGGGGCGGCAGCCGCGGCCGUACUGGCAUUACGUCAGAACGGCAUGUCGGGCUACCGGGCGCGUCCCCAGGUUGCGGAUAA